UGAUACUCCGUGGAGUAGAGAAGGCGAUACAAAAUUACAAUCAUCGCCUAAUCGGACAAUUCGUUGUAAGACGGGACGCGCUUCACGCUAGUCCCGCUGAGUUCAUAAUUCAGACGGACCGCGUCCCCGCCUACACCGACCGUCCUCCCGGUAGCCAUUACAACACAGGGGAACCCGAAAUAUUUUGGACACUAUUUUCGCUCCUAAAAUUUUCACCACUCCCGCGAAGCUGAUGAGAGAGAACGAUCGAAAGAGAAGCAAUUAAUCUAUGUAGAUGGCGAUGAAGUGCAGAUCGAUUGUAGGAAUUUGGCCGGAAACUCCUCCGUCUCACCGCGUCACCUCCGUCGCUGUUAUUGACGAACCUCCUUCUCUAUACACCGGCGGUACCGAUGGCUCCGUCGUCUGGUGGAAUCUCUCCGACGAUAUCUCCUCUCCGAAGAUUAAGCCUGUUGCUAUGUUAUGUGGCCAUGCCGCACCAAUAGUUGAUCUUUGCAUUUCUUAUCCUCUUUUGGCGUCGUUAGAUGAAAAAGUUGAUGAAAAUGGAGGUGUAGGGACCAGCAAUCAGGCUGCGUUAGUAAGUGUGUGCAGUGAUGGUGUAUUGUGCGUGUGGAGUCGAGGAAGUGGACAUUGUAGGUGUCGAAGGGAAUUACCUCCUUGGGUUGGUAGCCCAUCCGUUAUUCAGGCAUUACCAACAAAUAAAAGAUAUAUAUGUGUGGCUUCAUGUUUCACUGAUAUUUCAUUUGCUUCUGACCCUGAUUACGUGGAUUCAACUGAAGGGAGUGAGGUUACUGGGGAUGAUGAAUCUUUGAGCAGAAAAGCACCCAAGUGUACUAUCAUUAUUGUUGAUUCAUAUUCACUCAAUAUUGUGCAGACAGUGUUUCAUGGGCACUUGUCAAUUGGUCCAUUGAAGUUCAUGGCCCUAGUUGAGUCUGUUGAUGAUAGCCAGAAGCAUUCCACAUUUAUAAUUGAUUCGUUUGGUAAAAGUCAAUGUAUACCAUUGAUUAAAGACCCCAAUCUGGAAGAGGGUGGGGCAAAGCUGCAUCGAAGUUCUGCUCUUGAGAAUAUAGCUAUACUCAAUAAUGGGUCUUAUGACGGAGAAUUGGUUUUAUCUGUAGCCACUUAUGGUCAGUUGCUAGGAUUAGUGUAUAAAACCAGCUGCGUCUUUUUCCUAGUUGCCAGUGCUACUAUACUUGGAGUCAUUUCUUUUGAAGAUAGCCAUCAUGGUGGAGCUGAUUGCAUUCUGUCGUGUGUCUCUGGAGGCAUGUUUUUCACUUCCGAGAGUUCUGACAGUACUUGUAUGCCCGAGUCUAGAAAAAUACAUAAUAUCACUGGUUUGAAAUUCUCUGUGUGGGAUGAUAGAGGAUCAGUAAUCAUAUAUGAGUUAUCCUAUGAGGAUGACACUUUCAAGUAUGAGGUUAUAAAUCAGAUUCCUGCCACUACUUGUCCCAUUAAUGUGAAAUUGUCAAGUAAGUUUGUUCAACUGAAACAAAUCUUUCUUCGAGUUGAGUCAAUUUGCUUUCAUAAUGAGGAGCCUUCUUUGUGGAGACCUCGUGUUACUAUAUGGUCACUGCAUCAACAGGUUGAUGACCGUGAGAACUUUGGCAAAAUUUGUAGGUUACUUGGAGAAGGGGACUUCCUUGUCGAUUGGACUGAUGGAUCAAGUUAUGUCAUAAACUCUGAGGCCUCAAAGCAUAAUUCUGGAGGAAUACCUGCUACUGAAGAGGCUCCUAUGACUACAAUGGCUAGUGCUCUAGACCAAGGAGUUGCUGGAACUUUACACAAAAACGAUCUGAACUGCACGUUCAUUCAGAAAGAAAGUAUUGUUUCUUCAACAAUGGUUAUAUCACUAAAUGCUCAUAUUCCUUAUGCAAUUGUAUAUGGUUAUCAUAGCGGUCAGAUAGAACUGGUCCAUUUCAACUUCUUGGCUGAGGAAAAAGAUUCUCAAGGACCCAAAAAACAAUUUUUGGGACACACAGGGCCAGUUUUAUGUUUGGCUGCACACCAGAUGGUAGCUACUUCCACUGAGAGGAUAUGCAGCAAAAUUCUAUUGUCAGGGAGCAUGGAUUGCACACUUCGUGUUUGGGAUAUUGAGACUUGCAAUGCGAUUAUGGUAAUGCACCAUCAUGUGGCCCCUGUUCGCCAAAUAAUCCUGCCACCGUUGCAAAGUUAUCAUCCAUGGAAUGAUUGUUUUCUCUCUGUUGGUGAGGACUCUUGCGUUGCCCUUGUGUCUCUUGAGACUUUGCGUAUUGAAAGAAUGUUUCCAGGACAUCCUAGCUGUCCUCUAAAAGUUGUAUGGGAUGGUGUGAGAGGUUAUUUGGCUUGCCUUUCUCAGAAUCAGUCGGUAGCAUCAGGUACGAAGGACACCUUAUAUAUUUGGGACAUAAAGGCUGGUUCUAGAGAGCGGGUUUUGCGCAGUACAGCGGCACACUCAAUGUUUAACAACUUUUGCAAAGGCAUGGACAUCAGUAACAUCUCUGGGCAUGCAUUCAGUUACAAUACCUCGAGAUCCUCGUUGAUCCUUCCAUCGACAGAACAAGGAUGCUCUUUGUCACCUAGGCUAGAAAAUUAUGUGCCUAUUUCAUCCAGUGAAGUAAAUCUGAUGUCUUCACUCAAUAAUAGUAGCACCAGAUCUGUAAAACAAAAUACAGGAAACAGUGACAAGCUUCCAAUUAGGUGUUCCUGCCCAAUCUCUGGAAUAGCAAUUCUAAGUUUUGACCUUUCAUCUCUGUUAUCUCCUGAUAUUUGUGGGGAUGUUGGAGGAAAUUUUUCAAAUCCCCCUCUUAAUGGAUCACAGACGUCAAUUAAUUCUGAACGAGGGACUAUAUCCAAUGAUUCUUCUGAGAAAGGAAAGUUUCAGGAUAUGAUGAAGGAUAAUCAAUGCAUUGACACAUUUAGGUCAUGCUUAUUGCAAUUCAGCCUCUCAUUUUUGCAUCUGUGGGGUGUCGAUUUCGAACUAGACCAUUUACUAACGAUGGAAAUGAAUGUCAAAAGAUAUGAAAAUGUGAUGCUAGCUCCUGGUUUGGAAGGGGAUGGAGGUUCUUUUACAAUAGCAUUCCCUGCUUUCAGUUCUGCUCUUCAGCUUUGGAGAUCGUCAUCAGAAUUCUGUGCAAUGAGGUCGUUGACAAUUCUGUCCCUUGCCCAGAGCCUGGUUAGCUUGUCCCACUCUUUUUCAGGUGCCAGCAGUGCUUUGUCAGCAUUCUAUACACGUAACAUUGCUGAGAAAGUUCCUUCUGUGAAGCCUCCAUCGCUACAGCUAUUGGUCAGCUUCUGGCAAGAUGAAGAUGAGCAUGUUCGUUUGGCUGCCAGAUCUUUAUUUCACUGUGCUGCUUCAAGGGCUAUCCCUCCACCCCUAUGUUGCUUGAAAACAGCAGAAAACACAAAGCCUGUAAACUCGGUUGAUCAAGUCGGACAAAGCGAAUUGGAAAAUGAGAAAAGGGCCGGAACCUGGGCUAGCUUUCUGCUUCCUGAAAUGUCUACAGAAGUUCAAGGGGCUUCUUUGCAAGUUGGACAAGUUGACAUACGGAGGUGGCUUGAAUCUUAUGAACUGCAGGACUGGAUUUCUUGUGUUGGUGGAACAAGUCAAGAUGCAAUGGCAUCUCAUAUUAUUGUUGCAGCAGCCCUAGCUAUUUGGUAUCCAAGUCUAAUAAAACCCAGCCUUUCCAUGUUGGUUGUCCAUCCACUGGUGAAAUUAGUCAUGGCUAUGAAUGAGAAAUACAGUUGUACAGCUGCUGAACUCAUAUCUGAAGGCAUGGAGAGUACAUGGAAAGCAUGUAUAGGUGCUGAAAUUCACAGUCUAAUAGGGGACAUCUUCUUUCAAAUAGAGUGUGUAAGUGGUGCUUCUGCAAAUAGUACAACUGUGGCAGCAGCUGUACCUCCCAAACUUCGGGAAACUUUAGUCAACAUUCUUCUUCCGAGUUUAGCAUUGGCGGAUAUACCUGGCUUUCUGAGUGUAGUGGAAGGCCUUAUUUGGUCAACAGCUUCUGAUUCACCUGUUCAUUUAGUAUCUCUAAUGACUUUCAUUAGACUCAUGCGUGGUUCUCCCAGAAACUUAGCUCAGUAUCUAAAUAAGGUGGUCAACUUCAUCUUGCAAACAAUGGACCCUGCGAAUUCAGUUAUGCGCAAGACUUGCCUCCAGAGUUCAAUGGCAACUUUGAAAGAGGUUGUACGUGUUUAUCCUAUGGUUGCUCUGAAUGAUACCUCUACACGAUUAGCUGUUGGGGAUGCUAUUGCUGAGGUUAACAAUGCAAAUAUUCAUGUUUAUGACAUGCAAAGUGUCACAAAAAUCAAAAUUCUUGAUGCAAGUGGACCCCCUGGAAUCCCAACUUUAUUUUCUGGAGCUCCUGAAACUGUCAUUUCUGCUAUAUCUACAUUGACCUUUUCACCAGAUGGGGAGGGGCUGGUUGCUUUUUCUGAGCAUGGUUUAAUAAUUAGAUGGUGGUCAUUGGGAUCUGCAUGGUGGGAAAAGUUAAGCCGCAACUUUAUUCCCAUCCAGUGCACUAAACUUAUAUUUGUUCCACCAUGGGAAGGCUUCUCACCUAAUUCUUCUAGGGCAAGUAUAAUGGCAAACAUUGCAGGAAAUGGUAGACAAGCAAAUUCCCAGGUGCAUACACGGUUCGGCGACGUGGACAGUUUAGAUCUUAUGCUUUAUAAUCUUGAUUUAUCCUACCGAUUAGAAUGGGUUGGUGAUCGCAAGGUUUGUCUGACAAGGCAUGGGCAAGAGUUAGGGACCUUUCAACUUUAGCUUCCUCCGACAGUUAUGGCUAUGGCGGGUAUGCAUCCUUCAAUGUAAUGAUUGACAAAAGAGAUGUGAGUCAAGUACUACUCAUUCGCAAUUGAUGACUCUCAGAGACAUUCUUUACUGUUCAACUUGGCAGUUCUAGCGCUCAGAAUAAGUUUGUAAAUUUUUUGUUUAAAAAGUUGGAGAGGUUGCUAAGAUUGAGAAUAUUGUAUAGACUCAUUUGAGGAUUGAAUUUGCGUAAAUAAUUUUACAUUGUUAACCUUUAUUAUCUUUUAGAUUUUGCUUACUUUCCUUUUGUUUCUAAAUAGUUUGUACUCCGUAUUGGACUUCUGAUAGGAUAAAUGAAUUGCAAUUUUUACA